AGCUAAAUAUAUGUAUGUGCUGAUGUGUCUAGCGCUUACAGGCUUGUUGUCUUGUUUCGUCAGAAAUUAAGCACACUGCUGGCAACAGAUAAUAAGUGCGAAGAAAAUGCGAUAAGUAAAACGAAUGUUGAGUACCAAACGUACAAAUGUAAAGCUUGAUUUGGCUGCAAAAAAGGCCGCGGACGCUUCUAAUCGCGUGAUUGUUCUCCUUUACUAGAAACGUCAUCAGUGUUUGAUCAUAUUGUGCAUAUGAUGUCGUCAUUUUACAAAGGUCUAUAUGCCCGAAGGUUUUAGGCCGCGCAAAGGAGUUGUGGCGUAAGAUCUGAAAGUCUUUCAUUACAGCGUUAGGCAGUCGCAGCGCCCGGCAGUAUGGAGCCUUUGGUGUUGUUUGUGCACCCGGAUCUCGGAAUCGGAGGAGCAGAGAGGCUGGUUGUGGAUGCAGCUCUAGCGCUUAAGUCUCGCGGUUGUCACGUUCAAGUGUGGACUACCCAUUACGAUCCCAACCACUGUUUUUCCGAAACUAAGGAUUCCGGUAUUCCUAUUCGGUGUUGUGGAGACUGGCUUCCCCGGAGCCUUUUUGGUAGAUGUCAUGCCCUGUGUGCCUAUGUUCGGAUGAUAUUCCUGGCUUUGUAUAUAAUAUUUCUUAGUGGCGAGAGAUUCGAUGUCGUAUUUUGCGACCAGGUGUCUGCCUGUAUUCCAUUCUUCAAACUGGCCAGAAAUCCAAAGAAAGUUUUGUUUUAUUGUCACUUUCCAGAUCAGCUCCUUACUCAGAGGAUAUCGUUAAUGAAAAGGAUCUAUAGAAAGCCAGUUGAUUGGCUAGAAGAAAAAACAACCGGCAUGGCAGACUGCAUUCUCGUCAAUAGUCUUUUCACGGCUGAUAUCUUCAGAAAAACCUUUGCUUCGUUAGCUUGCAUAGAGCCAGAGGUUCUCUAUCCGUCAAUAAAUGUCAGCAAAUUUGAAUGUGACUUUUUUGAAGAUCUGAGCAAUAUUGUUCCUGUGGAAAGAAAUAAUGUAUUUCUUUCAAUCAACAGAUUUGAAAGAAAGAAAAAUCUUGCUCUUGCACUUGAAGCAUUGUAUGACCUACGAGACAGACUUAGCAAAUCAGAAUGGGAAAAAGUGCAUCUGGUGUUAGCGGGAGGAUAUGAUGAACGGAUUUUAGAGAAUGUUCAACAUUAUCAGGAGCUGAAUGAUCUUGCAACCAGAUAUGGAAUUAGGGAUCAUGUUACAUUUGUAAGAUCUUUUUCGGAUAAACAAAAAGUAAACCUCUUGAAUAAUUGCAUAUGUGUCCUAUAUACUCCAAGUAAUGAACACUUUGGGAUUGUUCCAAUAGAGGCUAUGUAUAUGCGCUGCCCUGUAAUAGCUGUUAACUCCGGGGGCCCUCUGGAAUCUGUGGUGAAUAACGUUACAGGAUAUCUUUGCCUACCUAAGGCCAAAGACUUUUCUUGUGCAAUGGAAAGAUUUGUUAAAAACCCUAGUCUUAAAGUUACAAUGGGAAACUCAGGUCAUGAAAGAGUAAUGAAAACAUUUUCUUUUGAGGCAUUUUCAGCACAUCUGUAUCACCACAUAUGUAGGUUAGCACAAUGAUGUGAACAUUUCAAAAUGGAGGGAGGAGCCAAAUACUGUACCUAAAAUACAUAUCAUAAAGAUAUUAUGAUGGUCUAUAAAAACAAAAUGCUAUAAAGUUAGUACACUGACCUUGUAUAGAUUGAUAUUUCCUGAGCCAGCUGAGAUUUGAUGCGUUUGUAUGUAUAAAUUGAGCAUACUUUUGUGGUGGCAAUCUAUUUCUGUCCUGCAGUCACUAAUUUGAAUCAGGACUGGUGCUUCUCUAUCUUCCUUAAUGCAUUCACUAAUAUUAUCUAAAAUAAACUAUUUUUCAAAACCCACUCAAAUUUUACAAUCACACUUUUUUUUCCCCUUCUCCCUAACCCCUAAUUAAAUGUAAACGUUCAGUUGAAAGCCAAUGUUUUUUUCUUCUUUGAGCAUUAUAUACAGUGCUGUUACCCAGUUUAUCAUUAAAGAACAUUUAUUUCA